CACGUGACGAUGACGUCAGCCCUAUUUUGGUGUGACACCAGGAAGUGUGGAAGACCGAAACUCGAACAGGCCAACGCUUUUUGUUACCGACGAAAAACAGCUGUAAUUGACUUUUUUUCGUGGACGUGACCGCCGAAGCCACCGCGGAAGUUCCCAGCAUGGAGAAGCAUCUUUUCAAUCUAAAGUUUGCCGCCAAAGAACUUCAGAAAAACUCAAAGAAAUGCGACAAAGAGGAGAGAGCGGAGAAGGCAAAAGUCAAGAAAGCCAUACAGAAGGGUAACAUGGACGUGGCAAGGAUCCAUGCAGAGAAUGCCAUCAGACAAAAGAACCAGUCAGUGACCUACUUGAGGAUGAGUGCUCGAGUGGAUGCGGUGGCUGCAAGAGUCCAAACUGCAGUCACAAUGAACCAGGUGACAAAAUCUAUGGCUGGAGUGGUGAAAGGCAUGGAUGUUACACUGAAGUCCAUGAAUCUGGAGAAGAUUUCUGCUCUCAUGGACAAGUUUGAGCACCAAUUUGAGACGCUGGAUGUCCAGACAGCCCAGAUGGAAGACACUAUGAGCAGCUCGACAACACUGACCACUCCACAAAACCAAGUGGAGUCGUUGCUGCAUGAGAUGGCUGAUGAAGCAGGGUUGGACUUGAACAUGGAGCUCCCUCAGGGACAGACUGGAUCAGUGGGUACCAGCGUGGCCUCAGCAGAGCAGGAUGAACUCUCUCAAAGGUUGGCCAAACUCAGAGAUCAAAUGUAAAGGACGAGUGCAGGGGAACGACACCGUACCUGACACAGCCCUGACAUGCCCAUACACCAAAAUGAUUACUUCCACUAAAUAUUUUUCCUCUUCUUUAAAUCUGAUGAUGAGAAUCUAUGGGAUUAUUGGCAAAGCUCUCUCCAGAUAAUGACUUUUAUUUGGUUUUGAAUUUAUAACAACCUUACAUCACUUUGAAUUAUUCUAUGAUAAUAAUGAUAAUCUAACAGAAAUGUGGAAAAUUUCAUACGUUUGAAAUAGCGUGGUAUAUAAUACCAUAUACUGUAUAGGCCAAUGCCUUAUAACUGCUAAAGAAGCUUUGGUCUGGGAAGGUAUUUUCUUAUUCAUAUUGUAGGUUUAUGAUUGCAGCAAACCUUUUCUUCCUGUAUUGGUGUGUAUGUUUGAAGACCCUAUCCCUUACUGUGUUGAUAUGUUGUAUUUACAGAUCAUUUGGAAAUGGGUUACACUUAUGUACACAAUAAACUUUUAUAAUAAUA